ACUAUGAGUCUCGUAUCAAGCUUUCCUCACCAUCCGGUCAUGCACCACCACGACAGCCACCACUAUUCGCUGCAUGCGGCCGCAGCGGGUCGGUGUCACGAGGAUACCGGAGCGCCUCCGUAUUUCACCAGCUGGCUUAUCAGUCACGCGGAUAUGUCGCCCACCGAGUAUGGCCUCGCACCGGGCUACAGCCCCGAUUACCACAGCAACGGUGGGACCGGGAACGUUAGUGGCCUGGAUCCUCAUCAUCACCAUCACCACUAUGGACACGGUCCACUGGUUCCUGGAGCUGGUGCAUUAUCUAUGAACGGAGCCCAGGUGGGUAUGCAUCAUCACCACCACGCACAUCCCCGGACAGUGAAGCGGAGACCGACGGCAAAUCGCAAAGAGAGGCGGCGGACUCAAAGUAUCAACUCGGCCUUCGCGGAACUUAGGGAGUGUAUUCCCAACGUCCCCGCCGACACCAAGCUGUCCAAGAUCAAGACACUUCGGCUAGCCACUAGUUAUAUCUCUUACCUGAUGGACAUUCUGGACAAGGACGGCCAGCACGGAGACACACAGGCCUUCAAGGCCGAGCUGAAGAAGUCAGAGGCGCGGGAGGAGCGGAGGAAGAGGGACACGGUGGAUAUCCCAAAAACAGCUUCGACGUCAUCAUGCUCAUCGUCGUCCUCAUCCUCACUGGGUGACAAAAAGACUAAAGGGCGGACGGGAUGGCCACAACACGUCUGGGCUUUGGAACUGAAACAGUAG